UGAUCGAGAAGUUUUUCUUUGAUACUGCAACGUAAAGAAACGAUGUUCCUCAAGCUUGUAAUGCUGGUAGCCAUCGCUGCUGCUCAACUAUGCUAUGCAACUUCUGGGGAGAACGAAUUCACAUACAAUGGAUUUAGGACGGCCAAUCUAAGCCUCGACGGUGUAGCCCAGAUCACUUCCAAUGGCUUACUCAGGUUAACAAAUGAAACCAAAUUGGUGAAAGGCCGUGCCUUUUACCCCAUGCCAAUCAAUUUCAAGAAUUCACCCAACGGCUCAGCUUUCUCCUUCUCCACCACCUUUGUCUAUGCUAUGGUGCCCCAGUUUCCCACUUUGUACACCCAUGGCCUUACCUUUGCGAUUACACAACCAGGAGGUCUUCCUGGAGCAUUUUCGUACCCUUAUUUUGACCUUUUCAAUGAAACCAACUCUUAUGGCAAUGCUACCAACCAUGUGGUGGCAGUGGAGUUUGAUACCUUCCAGAAUCCUCAGUUCGAUGAUAUCAAUGACAACCAUGUCGGAAUUGAUAUCAACGGCUUGAGAUCAGCUUUAGCAAAACCAGCAGGGUACUAUCAGGGCAACCAAUUUAAUAACGUUAGUCUUGGAAGCGGCAAGCCAAUACAAGUUUGGGUAGAAUAUGAUGGCAGAGCUAAGCAAAUGAAUGUCACUGUGGCUCCUCUCAGUGUGGGUAAACCAAGUAAGCCUCUUUUGUCUUUUCGCCAUGAUAUUUCUGUGGACGUACUAGAAACCGUGUCGGUUGGCUUCACAUCGGCCACUGGUUCAGCUGUAUCAUCCCAAUAUGUUCUAGGGUGGAGCUUCAAAAUGAAUGGCAUUGCUCAAGAACUAGAUCCCUCUAAACUUCCAAGGCUUCCACGAGUGGGGCCAAAGAGAAAAUCAAAGUUUCAAGAGUUUGGCGUGCCUGUGAUUGUAAUAUUUUUUCUUGUUGGUAUUGUGUCUGGAGUGGGCUAUUAUGUAUACAGGAAGAGGAAGUUUGCAGAGUUGGUUGAGGACUGGGAACUCGACUAUGGACCUCACAGGUUCACGUACAAAGAAUUGUACUUUGCUACCAAGGGGUUUUCAGAGAAAGAAAUAUUGGGGGCAGGCGGUUUUGGGAGUGUUUAUAGAGGCGUGUUGCCUAAGUCCCAAGGUGAGAUUGCUGUGAAGAAAAUUUACCAUCAAUCAACCCAAGGAAUGAAAGCCUUCAUAGCUGAAGUUGUUAGUAUGGGUCGGUUGUGUCACAGGAAUUUAGUUCCUCUUCUCGGGUAUUGCAGACGUAAAAGAGAGUUGCUUUUGGUUUAUGAGUACAUGCCUAAUGGAAGUCUUGACAGAUAUUUGUUUGACAAACCAAUACGCACCCUCAGUUGGGACCAAAGAUUUCAAGUAAUCAAAGGAGUGGCAUCAGCUCUAUUCUAUAUACAUGAAGAAUGGGAGCAAGUAGUGGUUCACAGAGAUAUAAAGUCUAGUAAUGUUUUACUAGAUAGUGAGUGGAAUGCAAGACUAGGAGAUUUUGGUCUAGCUAGAUUGUAUGAUCAUGGAACUGAUCCUCAAACUACACAUGUAGUAGGAACUCAUGGCUACCUUGCCCCGGAACAUAUUAGAACAGGCAAGGCUACACCAAGUUCUGAUAUGUUUGCUUUUGGAGCAUUCUUACUUGAAGUUGCAUGUGGCAGAAGGCCGAUAGAGCAAAAAGUUCCAAAUGAGGUUUUUAUUUUGGUGGAGUGGGUGUUUUCGUCGUGGAGUAGAGGUGAAAUAUUGCAGACUGUUGAUCCUAAACUUGGAGAAGAUUAUGUUGCUGAAGAAGUAGAUAUUGUUUUAAAGCUUGGAUUGUUGUGUUCUCUGCUAGAUACAGAAUUCAGGCCAACCAUUCGACAAGUUGUUCGAUACCUGGAGGGCUCUGUUGCUCUACCAGAGUUGUCAAUACUCACUCUCUCCCUAGCUGGCCUCACUAUUUCUCGAAGUGAAGGUUUUGAUGAUUUUGUUUCGUCACUUUCAUUUUCCGGAGGGAAGAUAGGCUCACGUCGUACUUCAGUUAUGAACCCCAUUAUCUCUGAAGGUCGUUGAAUUGAUUACAAGAUGGGAGUUUAGUACUUACUUUGAAUCAAUUGAGGAUCAAUUAUAUGUGGUCAACAAAUAUAUUUAAUUUUCUAAUAGUUGUACUUAUUAUAUAGGAUGUAGUCUCGUAUUCUAUUUGAUAUUAUGUAAUGCUAUUUGCAUUUUUGCAAUAUUAUCUCAUUUUUAAAA